GUUGAUUCAGUUCAGUUCUGUACAUGUACUAAGUUCAUGUAAUAAGGCUUCGGUGUGGUACAUGAACUACUACGUUUAGCACAGCGGAGUGAGAAUGCAGAGGAUUGUCAUCAGUUUCACGUCACACUUCCUGUAAGUUAGUCAAAAAGAGUCAAGAUCUGAGCAGAGAGGAGCCUCCAUGCCCCGAGUUCCUGCUUUCAUUCAGGGGACAUCCUGCCAGACAAGCAGCCGCAUAAUAUCCUUAAAAUACUGAACUUUUAAUACAUCCUGGAAGGACGUGAGCUAACGAGUUACGGAGGCUAUCUGUCUAAAGUCAUCGCUACAAAGACGCAGCAACCGGCCAGAAGAGAGAAGAAAAACAAUGACCAUCGAUUUCGUAAGCCUGAUUUUCAUAUGGCUGCUGCAGCUGACAGCGAGCAGCACGGUGACGUCUGACCAGAAUAACAACUUCACCAAUGUAAUGGCAACAACACCAAAUAAGUUCACUCCCGACCAGCUGCGAACACGAGAGGCGUCCAGUCUAAAUCCAGGUCCUAACGUCACACAGUCUAUCGUAGUUUAUGCAAAUCCAACAGAAGAAAAACCCAGCGCUAAACCCUCACUGCAAACUACUCCAACAACACCUUCUGAGACAUUCUCACCAGCUAUGCAAAUCGCAGCAACGCAAACAUCAGCAACGCCAACCACAUCGUCUCAGUUAAAUAGCUCAACAGUAGGCAUGAAGUCCACAACAGAAAUACAACUUAAAGUUGCAACAUCAGCAACAACGGUUGUUACCAGUCACGCCAGCAUCCCAACCGCAGCUACAUGGGUACCGUCGACGCCAAGCAGCUCCAACCAAAGCCAGUUCACCAACGCUACAACGACCCGUCCAUUUACACGUCCAACGCCGUCUACAAACCUCACCUCUGCUACAAACACAUCUUCCGAGCCUGUUGAACACAAAUCUACCAGCACAAGCUCAGUCACAGGUGAUGAUGCUACGCCGUCCACGGGUUUAUACAAAAGUUCAAUAGCCACAACAAAGACACCGUUCAUCCACAUCACCAAGGCAAAGGACAGACAGGAUCCUCCAGAAAAGUCCAAAAAGGGAACAAACCACGGCAAAGCAGUGGCAGGGAUAAUAGGUGGAGCCCUGCUAUUGAUGAUGGUAGGAUUCCUGGCCAUCUAUAUAAAGAAACGGAAGCUUCAGAGGCAGCAGUUAACAACUGGAGACUGGGCUGGUCCUUCACCAUUUCUUGAGGGGGGAGCUGACAACGGCCAGGUAACACUGAGGUCAUCCAACCAAAUUUCUCUUUCCAGCUUCCUGCCUCAGCGGCUGUCCAAAAGGUUGUCCAUGCUCCCAGAGAGAGACGAGGAGAUGGCAGACAUGACGCAAGCUACUACAUUUGGAGAACAAAAUCAUGGGAGCACAUUUGGCCGAGAGGUGGAUGGAAAAGAUGUAGAAGAGAGCAACGGGACUGCUGUGGUUGUUCCAGAAAUUAAAGACACAGGAGACGCUCCAGAGACUGUUGAAAACUCUAUCUCAGAGACCUCUUCACAAACCAAUGACCCGCUGCUGACAAUUAACAAUUCAGAGGCUGCUAACCACAGUCAAGACCAUCCUGCAAACUCCCUCACUCUAUCUGGAGUUGAUGGCUUUUGACAACCAUAAGAGAGCUUAAGCCCCCAACCCCCCACAACGCAUCCACUUUCACUGGUUUCUGGGCAACAACAACUGUGACUGUGAACACAGGAAACCAACAUGUCAUCAUUUAAGGAAAUCAUGACAAGAGAGAAGUGAUCUAUAUCUUAUCGAGGUCUCUAAUGUAACAUUUGAAAAAGCAGUAAUUAAGAGCAGUAUAUAACACAGAAGAUCCCGACUGAAGAAAGGACAUUAUCAUAAAAUACCCACAAAAUGUUAACCUACAGUAGAACUAACAGUAAAAAGAGAAGUAUUUUUCACGUUGUCAUCUCCUCAAUCAUGUGCAAUGCAUAAUGUUAGAGUAAUACUUCCGACUAUUGCAGCCUUUACUGUAAGUCACCCUGAUUCUCUGUGUCCUGUGUAACAUGCGACUAUAUAAAUCAACACAACCAGGAGGUGCAUGCAGCCACCUUUGUGUUCAUGUUUUGCAUUUUCAAUGAAUUUCCACUAUUACUACUAGCGCAGUCUAGGUAUGGUUUCACCGAGCACCUUUUAGUUUAAUGUGCAAUUAAGGGCACAUUAAAAAGGGAAAGAAGAGUGAGAUCCGAUCAGUGUUACUGUCGGUUAUUGACGGUUUCAUAUGAUAACCGCUCUGUGGUUUUCAUAAUGAGUCAUUUAUAGGCUAUGAGUCAUGAGAAGAAGAUGUAGGUGUUAUUUAAUCAAGUUGCUUGCUCAUAUUGUUCCUUUGCAAGUUGUAAAUAAUCCUGAUCAUGAAGAUUUUGUUAAACUGUAAAUGUAUAUUUUUUAAAUUUGUUUUGUGUUUCUUUGAUUGUAUCUGAAGAGAAUUCUGAAGGUUAAGCAAAGAAAAAAAAAAGAGAAACUGGUUUCUGUCACAUGUCUCUGAGUGGUUGUGGUUUUGGUUGUCGCAUUGAAAGCAAACCCACUUCCACACACCAAAAUAUUCAAGAGGCUGUAAAUUAUAUAUAUAUAUAUUUAAAUGCAAGUCCAUUUACCAUAUUGCUGAUGAUAAGCAAACGAACAUUAAAAGCUGUAAACCUA